AUGUGUCCCCAGGGUUGUGCGUGGCGUAUUGUCGAUUGUCAAGGGACUCUCGACGCCAUUGCGAACAGUAUGAGCUCCACCAGCAGCGGUUCAGAGAGUCUCGCAAGUGCAAAUGGACAAGUCCUGAUCUCUGCACACUCUCCAUCAUCGUCAUCGUCAUCAGCAGCAGCAGCAGCAGCAGCAGCAGCAGACUAUGCUUGCAAGAGGGUACUUUCGACACAGGUUGCCGUAGUCGUCAUCAGUGCGGACUUGGGUCGACCUGGUCCCGGGCGUGAAGACGCUCGCCGGUCCUUUGGUGAUGAAACGAGGAAUGUCACGGUCGAGGGUUUUUGA